AUGCGUUCACCGGUCAACGCACUUCUAAGGUAUUGGCAUAGCGUAUUAGGUCUGCCACGACAACUCCCAUCAUGGCACCGGGAUCGACUUCGCGAAGAACUGCUCGAACGACGCAUGACGAAGACUUCGUGGCGGAAACUGAGCGAAACAUCAGAUGUCUUCUUUUGCAUCAGUCGAGCGCGCUACGAUGGCUCCUAUACCCGGAAUCUGCCACCAAUCACCCCCCGCCAUACUCUGAUAUACGUCUAUAUGGUCAUCAAGUACACAUCGCGAUGGGAACUGUACCGAACGACGGCUCGCCUUUGUCGCGUGCCUCACUUCGAUCAGGUAUGCGAGGUAGUUAAUCCGGGUAAAGAUCACAAGCUCGCUGAAGUCGCUCUGCGCCAUGACAUUGACGUGGCGCACUUCAGUAGAGUUUGUCGCCGGCUGCAACGUGUGUGGCCCCUUCUCCCAUAG